CCCCAGAAGCCCGCCCCUCCUGCUCCGCCACCCGAUUGGAGUAAGGAGCCUGGGAAAGUGCAGUUCCUCACGGACAAGACCUGGGACUCGUUUAUGGCGGAUCAUUCCUCAGUGCUAGUGAUGAUGUUUGCUCCCUGUAAGUAAGAACCAGAGCUUUUUAGCAAUUUCCUUAUUCCUGUCUUUUCCUGUCACGUCAAUUUUGUUCUCUCUUUUCCACGUUAUCCUAUCUCUUUUCGUUCAUUGAAUUCCUUUUUUUCUCUUUUUCAUUCCACUAUUCACAAUUCAACCUUGUCGUCCAUUCCCGUUUAUUCCAUUUCAUCGAUCUAUCCAUUCUUUUCAGGGUGCGGUUACUGUCAAUCUAUGAAGCCCAACUACUUCAAAGCUGCGGAGAUUCUUAGUGAAGAAAAUGUAAGUGGUAGUUCGACGCUUUUUCACUGUGGUUCUCCUCGAAAAUUUCUUUCGUUUUCCUCAGCAUUCCUUUUUGGGAAGGACCAACGCUAUUUUCAUGUACUCCUGGUGGUUUGUAAUUUUCCAGGGUAUCAACUCUCUCUUACACCAUAGAGUUAACGAGAAAUUUGUUCUUCUAUUGUAGCCGUCUACUUCAUUGGCUGCAGUUGACUGCACAAAAUAUAAAGGGCUUUGUAAACGGUUCGAAGUGCAAGGAUAUCCUACAGGUAAAAAGUUAAUAUCAAAUGUUUUUGUUGGAUAAAUAAACACCGAGAGGUUGCCUCGUUUAUCUAAUCCUCUUGCUUUCCUUUCAUUUUUGUUUGCUUGUCAUUUCUUGAUGGGGAGUGCAGUGAAAUACUUCAAGUAAGUAGCAGUAUUAUCCUUUUCAGUCUUUGUUAUUAUCAUUUUCGCUAUAACUGUUAUCGUUAUUUUCAUUGCUUUUGUUGUCCAAUUGAGCGAAUUCUUUACUUAAUUUAAGUUUCCUUAUUUUGACCUUUUUGUUUUAUAGAAAUGGCGAGUUUUUAAAAGAGUAUGAAGGCGAUAGAUCUGCGCUGGAUAUAGUCAGCUUCAUGAAAACGUAAGUCAUCUAGUUUUUUCCUCGACUUAACCAUCUUUUUCAGCAUUUACAUUCUGUUCAAGGCAUCUUUUACAUCAUUUUACUAAUUGAAUCUCUGCAAUCUCCUAGCGAGAGUGAAAUUGAAGUCCCUGACGAAAAAGUAUCCAAAGAGGAAAGCAAAGAAGAUCUAACAGAGCCAGAAGGAUUAAAAAUUUUGACAGCUGCAAACUUUGACACAUUCCUGUCUCAGACAGAACACGUGAUAGUCAUGUUCUUCGCUCCAUGUGAGUACAAAGGUCGUAUUUACAGUGAUCCCAGUCCCUGAGUUUAAGCCAGUUACAAUUUAGUUACAUUUCAUGUCCCAGACUAGACACGUGAUAGUCAUGUUGUUCGCUCCAUACAAGUACAAAUGGCGUAUUAUCUGAUCCCAGUCCCUGAUUUUAAACCAGUUACAAUUAAUGUGCUAAACAGAACACGUGAUGGUCAUGUUCUUUACUCUGUGUGAGUACAAAGGUCGUAUUUACUGAGAGUUUAAACCAUAUACAACUUAACUAAACUCAGAUCAAAGUUACUUUGUUGGCGUGUUUUUUGAUAAUGAGUAUAAUAAUAUUAAGUUUAUGAUUCUGAUUCUGAAUGUAAUUUUGGUAUGAAUUAUGAGUAUGCUUAUGGGCAUACUUUUGACUAUUGCUCGGUUAGUAAUGGUUGGAGAUACCCUGCGUGACCUAUCUUAUUGUGUUCCCCAUUCUUCUUGACUAUUCAUUCGUGACACAUUAUGUGUGAUGUAUCCUGCGUGACUCAUUCUGUGUGGGGCCUAUUGCGUGACUAAUCCCUAACGACUUGCCGAGCGUGACGAUUCAUGCGACAGUUUAUUUACGACUGCGACGUUUUCCGAUUCCAUGCGAUCGAACACCGCCCUGCAACUGAGAUCUGAUAAUGUCUCAGUAUGUAGCGAAAUGGCUCAGUGUGUAGCGAAAUGUAUCAGUUUGCUUUAGUUGCUGCAAGCACCUUUGGUGGAAGCGAAGACCAAGCGAAAACUGGUGCGACGUGUCAACUCUGCUCUUGUCAACGGCUGUGGUGUGUUCUUUGUUUUGGCUUGGUACGUGUGAUAUCUUCGUGGCCUUUUCUGGUUAUUUACUUAAACAGCCGUUCUGAAAAUGUUGUCUUCUUUGCAUUUAGGGUGUGGCCAUUGUCAAAACGCGAAACCCAAAUUUCUAAAAGCGUCUGAGGCUUUUACUGCGGAACCGAACAAGGCUUUCACCGCUGUGGAUUGUACACAGGAUACUGGUAAAUACGUAAUUUAAUUUAAAUGCAAAAUAAUUCAAAACAUUCUGCUUAUUUCAACACCGUCGAACCUUCAUGUGCGACUACCUCUAGUAACGGACAGCUUCCCAUAAGUAACCACUUAUCCAAAAGACUAAAGUUUUCCAAGUCAAAUUACUCUAGUUGGAACCUCGUAAACGACCACCCCUGGUAAGCGACCGCGACUACUUUUUGGGGAGACAGUCCCGAGGGGGAGGGGGGUGCUACUCCCUUAUAUUCGCCUUAUAGGUAUGUGCCGCCCCAAAGGGUAGGGUUUCUGCGCCGUUUUGGUCUGAAAACGGCUAUAGACUUUGCCUAUUUUGGUCCGAAUUCGGGUAUGGUUUUCCAGGGAAUGCGUGAACGUAUUUGUCGUUCAAUUCCAAAUGAAUAAGAAAUAAAUAGUAAUAUGCGAAUUCGAGGUGGAUUUUAAUAAAUCUAUUUGUUGGCGUUCUAAUCUAAGUAAUGAUAACAUAAUUUCUGCCUACGCCAGGUCUGAAAACGGGUAUGGAUUUUAGAGGCCAGGGCUGAAAACGGGUCUGGAAAAUGACAAUUUUUUGAUCUGAAAUAGGGUCAGGAUUUGGAGAACCGGGCGGCACACCUCCACCACGAAUUCCCAGGAGUACCCUCCGGGAGAAAGUUUGAACAUUUUCCAUGGUUCUUUAAUCCUUUAAGUCCCAGCAGUGACCAAGAUAAAUUUUCUCCUAACAAUAUCCAUACACUGUCGAGAGAUAAGUUAUGAGAAUUAAUAAGAUGAUCACCCAAGAGAAACUGCCUUGAUCUAUCAUCAAAUUCUCUCAACUAAUUCUUUAAGGAAAUGUAUGGAGAUCAGUUUGGAGAAUUUGUAUGUGGAUACUGCGGCUUAAAGGGAUAACCUGUCGUAGGCGAUCACUUGACGCAUGGUCUGAUCUCUUUGCUAGUUCACUGUAUGUACUGCGCAUACGCUACUCGGUGUGUACCAAGAGCUUUUAGUGACAACAGGCAUCGUAACUUAGAAAUUUCAUGGAGUAAAUUCUCCUUCGCCUUCCCUCGGGACCCCUACUCGGAAAGGACCCCUUUUGGUUAGAUUCUUUGAAGCGUCCACUGAAACUUCGCAUUUGGAGUGGUCGUUUACGGGAGGUUCGACUGUAUCGUUCUAUGCAGGCGGUGACAUUUUCUAAUUUACAUUUAAGACUGAAUCCACCAGGAAAUUGAGUAAUUUUAAUUUUUAGGGGACAAAAACCUUGUGCCAGAAUGAUUUAAAGAAUAUUGCAUUCUUUUGUACAUUUUUUAAGGGCUAAAGAUGUAAUUAGUUAUGUGUAAUAACACCAAAGAAAAUUUCUUAUGGGAGCUCGAGAAAAUAAAUAUCAAACUUCACAAAAUGACAUCUUGCGCAUGAAAUUUUCAGAACUGUGCCUGUUUUUUCACAAUUCUUGUGAAAUUUGACAUUUACUUUCUCGGGCUCCCAUAAGAAAUUUUCUUUGGUGUUAUUACACAUAACUAAUUACAUCUGUAGCACUUGAAAAAUGUAAAAAAGAAUGCAAUAUGGUUUAAAUUAAUUCUGGUAAAAGGUUUUUGUCCACUGAAAAUUAAAAUUACUUAAUUUCCUGAUGGAUUCCAUCUUAAGAUGAUCUUCUUUUAUUUUUUUACUGCACAGAUUUAUGCGACAAGCAAGGCGUAAAUGGCUACCCGACCAUCAAGUAUUACAAGUUUGGCGCUUUUGUGGUGGAGUACGAUGGCGACAGAACAGAUCAGGACUUUGUGUCCUUUAUGAUGUCACCUCCUCACCCCCUCCCCCCUGAUCAACCUGAGAGCGAACCAGACGCCAAGAGAGACGAAUUAUAA